UAGCAUUCUAGGGUUUACAAGCGGUUCCUCCUUCCCCGCAGCCCCAUUCUUUCAUCACCCCAAGUGUACAACUACCACUGAUUUAUUGCUCGAGUCUCGCGUUCUCGCAGAAUCGGAAAAGUGCCGGAUUCCAAUCGGCGUCAGGGUUAGGGUUCGUUGGAAGGAAUUUUAUAUUCAGGGAUGGAGGAGAUUACGGAGGGAAUAAAAAACGUCAGCGUCACCGGCGGGGACGUUCAGAAGAAGAAUCGCAUUCAAGUCUCCAACACCAAGAAGCCCAUCUUCUUUUAUGUUAAUCUUGCCAAGAGGUAUAUGCAGCAGCACAAUGAGGUUGAGCUCUCUGGUCUUGGAAUGGCGAUUUCCACUGUAGUCUCAAUAAGUGAAAUUCUGAAGAACGAUGGAUUGGCUUUGGAGAAGAAGAUCACGACAUCGACGGUUGAUGUUCGAGAUGAUUCCAGAGGGCGCCCAAUCACAAAAGCCAAAAUUGAAAUUGUUCUCGGGAAGAGUGAUAAAUUUGAUGAGAUAAUUGCAGCAGCUGCUGCUGCAAAGGACCAACAAGUUGGCGGUGAAGAACAAAGCUAAAUUCUCUAGUAGUAAUUAAUUAAUGUUUUUGCUUGUUGUCAUCUUCUUCCUCCUUUGUCUAUCUCUUGCAUUAAAUUUCCUUCGUGCACCAUGUAGGUUUUCCAACCCUUCAAAAAGAAAAAAAAUGCUGGGAUAAGACAAGUUUCAUUCAUCAAAUAUUUAUGUAAUCAAACAAAGUUUUAGAAUCAUAAUACUUUUAUCGGUUCGAAGUUAACUUUCUUGAUAAUAG